GGCGCUCAGUCCGGCUGUGCCAGGCCUUUUCAUAACUUGCAUUCGGGUCAUUAUGUACUUUAUUCACCGGCCACUUCAAUCCCCCGUCACAAAGAUUAUAGCUCCGUCAAUAAACUGCUACAGUCGUUUUUUCCAAUACCCCGACCAUACGGAUAUAAAUAUUAUGUCCGUUGCUAUGAAGUCGGUUAUACCGUGUUCGCAGGACGAUAUGGCGUGAUAGUUGGGAUCUUAAAGGGAGAUAAUAUACCAACCGCACAGUUUAAAACUCUACCCCCUGUUUUUGGAAUUUUCACGAAAGCACACCAUGCCAGAUUCUUUCCGUGGGCAGACCUACGCCAAGCUCAAGAAGGGGUGCGUGAAAAAAGGGGUGCUAUUUGAAGACCCAGAAUUCCCUGCCAACAACAAGUCCCUGUUCUUCAGUAAAGUCGAUAACGACAUAGAAUGGAAAAGACCAAUGGAAUUGUGCAAGGUGCCCAAGUUGAUCGUGGAAGGGGUCAGCUGUGAUGACUUGAAUCAGGGAGAGCUCGGAAACACAUGGUUUGUCACUGCAUGUUCCAGUCUGGCUUUGGAACCAAAGCUCUGGAGAAUUGUGGUGGCUAAUCACAAGGAACAGGAGUGGGAUGAGAAGAACCAGUAUGCCGGAAUCUUCCACUUCGUGUUCUGGCGCUAUGGAUCCUGGACCGACGUAGUAAUUGAUGACCGACUGCCCACCAAAAAUGGCAAACUCGUCUUCUGUCACUCUCAGUCCAGGAAUGAGUUCUGGUCCGCUCUACUCGAGAAGGCGUACGCAAAACUGUAUGGUGAUUACGAGUCUCUGACUUAUGGGUAUGUGGCCGAUGCCCUGGUGGACUUCACGGGCGGGGUGUCCGAGAAACUCAUGAUAAGCGAUAUGAUGCUGGACCUGCAUGAAAACAGAAACGCCCUGUUCGGAAAGCUACAGGAGGCCAUUGAACUGAAGGCCUUCAUCAACUGCAGCAUCCACUGUGCACCAGAAAUGGUAGGACAAGAAUCGGAACACGGACUGAUAUUUGGUAAAGGUUACAACGUAACGGAUAUCAAGCUUGUCAACGUCAGUCGGUCGUUACAGGGGGCGGUGGGCACCGACAAACUGAUGCUCGUCAGACUGUUUAACCCCUGGGGGACCAGAGAGUGGACCGGCCCCUGGUCAGACUCACUGUGCUACCGAAUGAGUUCACCGGAGUGGAAAAGUAUAAAUGCACGUGAAUGGGAGAAGAUGGGAAUCAAGUUUAAACAAGAGGGUGAAUUUUGGAUGUCAUUUGACGACUUCUUAAGGAACUUCACGAACAUUGACAUCUGUCACUUCGUGAACACUUCGUUCUUCAGUCUGAAGAAAACGUGGACGGAAGCGAUCAUCCACAGCAAGUGGUCGCAUUCGGGCCGGAAUGGAGGCAGGGACUUCUACUCCAACACGUUUCUCAGUAACCCACAGAUUCUCUUUGACAUCACUGGACUACAAGAGACCAUCAUGGUGUCCCUGGAACAGCACGAUGUUGGGGCAGGGAGACAGUUCCUGGGACAAAAACUCAACACGAUCGGAUUCCACAUCAUGAAGGUAGAAGACAACCGGAAAUACCGCGUGCACAUCGUGGGUGACAAGAUGUUUACGUCGCCGUACAAUAUGUCGCGCAGUGUGUUCGGAACGUGCGUGCUGAAGAAGGGUCGUUAUGUCAUAGUGCCAACUACCGUGGAAACGGGCCAGGUUGGAGAUUUCAUGCUGCGAUUAUACACAUCAGGGUCGUCAAACUCAAGCAAGAAUCCAUUUGCAGACAAGGAAUUAACAAAGGAAGGUCCUAGUCGAGGAUGUCCGUGUGGUGCGAAGUACCAGCUGGUCACCACGGUAACCGUUGAGAGUGCGGAUGAACUUCAGCUGCCACCAAAAGCCAAAGGAUCUUGCGACCCGAUGGUUUUCAUAAAGUGUGAAGGGGAGACCGUCAAGUCGAUGUAUUGCCAGGGAACCACAUCCCCAGUGUGGAACAUAAAGGCGACUUUCUACAGGAAGAAACCCGAUCUGCCUAUUAUAGUCGAGAUAUGGAACCACAACAUGGUGAUAAACGAUUUCAUCGGUGAAGCUCGAAUAGACGACAUUGGAAAUGAGCAGGGAGUCAAGAAAACAUUCGAUAUCUGGGGACGGAAGAAAGAAAAAGAUGACAAAAAGCCCGGACAUUUGAAAGUGAACGUGCGAUCGAGUCACGACUUAACCUACUUGUAACACUGACACCUCAAACAUUUCUGUGUAUCAUAUACAUUCUGUAUUUAUUGGAGGUAAACUGUGAUAACAA